GGCAGUCUGUAUUCGCGUGUGGGGUUUCUUUACUGACUUGGAACUUUGCUAGUGCCUGCUCUGGGGGUCCACAGCACCUUGGCAGGACCUAAUAAUAGAUUUUAUCCCAAGACCAAGAGCGGUAGACGAAGCUCUUAUAGCUUCAACCUCUACAGGUUAAAGGAGAGGGACCUCGGGGUGAGGGUCGUUUCCCGGCAGUGCAGGGAAUCGCUGCACGGAGCUUCAGCAUCCCCGCAAAGGGAGGAAACAGCUUCGCCCCGUCUGGUCCAGGCCACACCUCUGUACUGUGUUUCCUCUACCUAGAAGCAUCCUCCCCGCUCCUCCCCAAGGCGCGUCUCCCUAGCAACCACACUGGGCGGGUGAACGGAAGCGGCUGAAUCACGUGCUCGAGGGCUUCCGGGUGCCCAUCGUGACUUCCGGUUGUCAGAGUCCCGGACGCGGGGCGGCCACUCGGGGGACGCGGCUCGGGCCUGGGCUCCGGAGAGCCAGCCUCGGUAGGCCUUGUCUUCCGCGGCCGAGAUGCAUCCGCGGCGUCCUGACGGAUUCGACGGCCUGGGCUACCGAGGAGGCUCCCGGGACGAGCCGGCCUUCGGCGGCCCCUUCCCCGCGCGUUCCUUCAGCUCCGGCGCCGAUCUGGGCCACUGGGUUACGACGCCCCCGGACAUCCCGGGCAGCCGGAACCUGCACUGGGGCGAGAAGAGCCCGGCGUACGGUGUGCCGUCCGCGUCCACGCCGCACGAGGGCCCCGCGGAGGAGCCCUUUCCCGGCGGCGGCGAUUGCCCGCGGCCAGGCCCAAGCAGCGAACAGCUGAAUAGAUUUGCUGGAUUUGGUAUUGGACUUGCAAGUCUAUUUACAGAAAAUGUACUGGCCCAUCCUUGCAUUGUUCUACGCCGCCAAUGUCAGGUUAAUUACCAUGCUCGACAUUACCAUCUUACUCCAUUUACAAUUAUCAACAUUAUGUAUAGCUUCAACAAAACUCAGGGACCAAGAGCCUUGUGGAAGGGAAUGGGAAGUACAUUUAUUGUCCAGGGAGUCACGCUUGGAGCAGAAGGCAUAAUUAGUGAAUUUACACCUUUACCAAGGGAGGUUUCACACAAAUGGAAUCCUAAACAAAUAGGUGAACAUCUUCUAUUGAAAGGCCUUACGUAUAUGGUGGCCAUGCCUUUUUACUCAGCAAGCCUGAUUGAAACAGUACAGAGUGAGAUAAUCCGAGAUAAUACUGGCAUACUUGAAUGUGUCAAAGAAGGAAUUGGAAGAGUGAUAGGCUUGGGGGUGCCUCACAGCAAGCGACUCCUUCCGCUGUUUUCCUUGAUCUUCCCUACAGUGCUGCAUGGAGUUCUCCAUUACAUCAUCAGCUCCAUUAUUCAGAAGUUUGUCCUACUACUUCUAAAGAGGAAGACUUACAGCAGCCACUUGGCUGAGAACACUAGCCCAGUGCAAAGUAUGCUGGAUGCUUACUUUCCAGAACUUAUCGCUAAUUUUGCUGCCAGCCUGUGCUCUGAUGUUAUCCUUUACCCAUUGGAAACAGUUCUGCAUCGCCUUCACAUUCAAGGAACACGCACAAUAAUUGACAAUACAGACCUUGGCUAUGAAGUGCUUCCAAUUAAUACGCAGUAUGAGGGAAUGAGAGACUGUAUCAAUACCAUAAAGCAGGAAGAAGGAGUGUUUGGUUUUUAUAAAGGGUUUGGAGCUGUUGUGAUACAGUAUACACUGCAUGCAGCUGUCUUACAGAUUACCAAAAUUAUUUACGCUACACUUCUUCAAAAUAGCAUUUGAGAUUUGGUUCUGUCACUGGAUGAUCUAGAGGACAUGAUCAGGAUAAUUUGCUGUGGAAUUAUAAGGGGUAAAAAUGAAAUGGCAGAGAAAUGGGUAAAAGAAAUGGACUGGGACAUGUCCAUGCUGAUUAUACCAACUUUUCAUUUUUCUUAAGACAUAGGGAAUAUAUAUGUAUAUAUGUAUAUAAAAACAAAAUUGAAAACUCAAUAAAAAGAAUUAAGUUUUAGUAAAACACUCAUGCUGAAGUAAAAUUGAUCCUGGGUAGAAACAAAAAUUUAUCAAGUAUAAAAUGAAAUUGUAAUGAGUUGACUCUUCUACCUGACCUUAUUCUUUGUUACAUGUUUAUUUUACCUUCCAGAUUCAGGUUGGUAUUUUAUUUUUCAUACAGUGUAUGGCAUUAGGGGUUUAAUUGUAUCUUCAUUGAAAAAGACUGAGAAUUAGAUUUGGCAAUCUGUAAGCCAAAGUUGAAAGAUUUUAAGUUGUAUUGUUCAUGUAUAACUAUUUUAGUGGCUGUAUAUAUUAUAUAAAGCCAUUUGUGUGUGCACAUUUGGAAUUUCCUUCAUCCCUGCAAAUCCUCAUAGACCAGCUUAUUGCAUAAAAUGUUCUUAGACACUUUCUGCUUGAACAUCAGUAGAACAUCAAAAACACCAAAAAACUUAAGUGUUGCAAUGGGAGAAACUUGGAAUUUGGCAUGUUUGUAAAGUUUGCUUUGCGAGUCUCUGAUGUGGAUCAUCAGACUAUUUUUAAAGCCACUUUUAAAGACAUAAAAUAAUCAUGACAGCCAUUACUGUUUCCACAUUUACAAACUGCUUACCUGAGGGAUGUCAUUUGCCUUUCAUUUCUAAGAGACUUAUUUUAGAGGAGACAGAACUAAUUUUCACCUGGAAAUUUGUGCCUCUUGCUUACUUAAGUAAUGACUGCAAUUUUUUUUCCCCCUAAAGUUUCAUUCUCCAGACUACGUACACUGAAGGUAAAAUGAGGAUAUCCUUGUCACUUUUUCUUUAAACUUGUUUGGAUGAGUACUAAGAAAAGCUAUAAACCUCAAAGGAAAUUUGUAUUUAUGUUUUAUGAAGGAAGAGGAUAAAUAAUAUAUAUCAACAAAUAAAACUUGUUAAUCAUUUUAAUAAAAAAGUUGGUAUUUUCCUAAAUUUAAUUUAAUGGAUUAGGCACUGUAAUAAGGUGAUAGACAUUUGACUGACCCACACAUCAACCUGGGAAGUUUCAUUACUUCACAAGGAUGAUCAGUUUUACAAACACAAACUGAAGUACAGUGCCUGCACAUGUUGUCCAGCCUAGAAUGCAUGCAGACUGAAACUCAUGUUACUUUUUAAAUAUCACAUACAUAGUUAUUAUGACUGACAGUGUUGGAAUAAAAAAUGGACAUCCAAAAAGUAUGAAAUGACAAAUGUAAGUAUCACUAUGCUCACCAUCCUGUGUGUAUGACUGACUGAAUUAUGUGUUUUCUGCUAUUAAAUAGUUUCUCUAAUGGGAAAAUAAAUGCCAUUGAUUGUGCUAUGUAUUUUA